AUGAGUUAUAGCUAUGACACAUGUUUCUGGGACCCCAACGACAAUGGGGUCAAUGUGUUGCUGGAGCAUGUGGGUAACGGGAUCAAGUCCAUGGACGGGCUGACUACUUUCUUCAAGCUGCGCGCUGAGCUGGAGAAGGACUACGCUAGGAGGCUAGGUGCCGCCAUAGACCUGUACGACAAAUCUUACUGCGAGGAGUACGGUGCGCUGUUCAAAACUAUCCAGUCUUUCUUCCCGUUGGAGAGAUCAAGGGCCCUAGCGCACUCGAAGCUCAGUGAGUUGGUCUACAGACAAGUGUACUCCGAGCUGAAGUCACUACAGAGCGAGCUGAGUGCACGGCUGACAACUCUGAGCGGGCGUAUCGAGAAACUGAGGUUCGACAAGUACGACAAGAAAAAAGGGUGUGAAUCUCUAUCGGUGAAACUGAGAGACGCAGAGGUCAGACUAAGCGAAUUGAAUCUGAACAAAAAUAACAUAAUAGGAAACAGAAGAAAAAUUGAGUCUCUAGAGAAAGAACAGAAAAAAUGGGAGUCCAAUGUGCACGAAUUUCAAAUACAGCUAAAUGUGUUGAAGCAAGAAUAUAAAGCAUCUCAGAAGUUCUGGAUUAACGAAUGGCAUAGUCUAUCACAUGACUUACAACACUUGGAAAUUAAAAGGAUCUCCACAAUCCAAGUGUUAUUGCAAUCUUUCGCUCAAACAGCAAUUGACACAAGCAUAAUUGAACAGACAAAGAUGGAAACACUGAUCAAUGAGUUGGCAACAUUCACACCCAUGGAUGACAUAAGUAAAUUCUCAAGUGAAUUUGGUACCGGAAGACUAAAGGAAAAGAGACAAAGAUCGAGCAGAUUAGUGAAUGGCAACACCUCAACAGCUUCAAAACCAUCAAUGGAAAUUUUAUCCUCCAGUCAUAUGAGUAGAGGUCCAGAUCCUUAUGUGGAAAACAUUCGUAAAUUAUCAUCACAACUGCAGAAGACUACCGUGACACCUAGAGUGUUGAAAGUAUCCAGAACAGAGGGAACAGAUAAUGGAAAAAGUUACAGAGCGGAAUCAAAUGAUUAUCAAAUGCUGAACUCAAGUGCCAGCAUUGAGCACAGACCUUCGAGUUUUAUUCCUUCUUCUUCCGAGCCUUAUAGUAACUCAAACGGUCGUAAUACAAACGAGACUCUACGCAGGCGUGUUCAUGAGGACAAGGAAGAUAGAAGGGUAUCGGAUCAUUUACGUGUAGGAUGUCAGCCUAAAUCCAUAGAAAGGGAGCCUUCUUUUGUAAAAAAUAUUGAAAAAUCCGCAUCCGAAUCUGGUUCAUAUUCUAGUGGUAGACACUCGUUCUCACCCUCAUCUUCUUCAGGAACAUCAUCUAACCCUACCGAUUUUAGUCACAAAAUCAAAAGUCACCGCAGUAUGGAUUCGCUAGCUACAUCGGUUAGUUCCAUGGCCAGCAGCAUAGACGAUUCGCAAAGGUUUGCUAAAUCGUGGAACUCUGCUAAUAGAAAGAGAAAAUCGAUGAGUCACUUACAGUCCCCAGAAAUAAACAUUAGCACAAUUGAUGAUCAGUUGGAAAAUAGCAAAAAUACGACUGCCCAAAGAACAACUCAUCCAAGCCAAUCCACAAAUACAUUCAACAGAGAUGUAAGUAGUAACACCAUAUUGGUCGACCCCAGAUAUCAAUCUUCUAAGAACAGUAUGGAUAUGUCUCGCGUUAGAUCUUCACGGUCUAUAGAUAGCAGUAGAAGGAAGUCAAUGGUACUUGAUUCCUCUGUGAACCCAAUCAGUGAUGCCUUGAAUGAAAUGGAAAGAAUAAAAAGUGGUGGAUCCUCAACAGCAUAUAGUGAUGAGGCCAGGCGGAAAGAUUUGCCUUCAGGCUAUGGUAGAGUUGAUGAUAAUGGUAUGCCCGUAACAUUGCCUACCAUAACGAAAGAAGGGGAAGAAGUGAUUAAAUUUGCGAAAGCCCUUUACCCAUUAAUCAACAGCGAAGCCCAGGAGCUUGCAAACUUCGAAAAAGGAGACUACUUAUUAUUAACUGAGGUGGUAAAUGAAGAUUGGUACCGUGGUGAAGUUUACGGGAACUCAAACACAACAACAACACAUGGUAAUGGCUUAAUACCAUCUAAUUUCAUUCAAAUUCUGCAUAAUCAAUUAUAA